CGCUGUUCACCGAGACCCCGCACGACGUGACGGCGCAGGCGGGCGAGGACGUGGAGAUGGCAUGCUCCUUCCGCGGCAGCGGCUCGCCGUCCUACUCCCUGGAGAUCCAGUGGUGGUACGUCCGCACCCACAAGGACUGGACGGACAAACAGACGUGGGCUUCUGGCCAGCAGCUAAAAGCAUCACAGCAGGAGGAGGCUGGGAAGGACGCAACGAAAAUCAGCGUGGUGAAGGUGGUCGGCAGCAACAUCUCGCACAAGCUGCGGCUGUCGCGGGUGAAGCCGGCGGACGAGGGCACGUACGAGUGCCGCGUGAUCGACGCGAGCGAGGGCGCGGCGCGGCAGCACAAGGUGAAGGCCUACCUGCGCGUGGAGGCGGCGCGCGGCGCGGGGCACCCCCAGGACACGCAGCCGCCCGGCCCCCACCCGCACCACCACCAGCACAAGGCCGGCAGGGAGCUCAGGAAGCGCGCGGCCGACGC